GAGGGCGGGGCGGCCCGUCCCGCCGCCGGGUGCUUGUGCUUCGGGCUGCCGCCCGCGCAGCCCAGACACUGGUCACAGCCCCGAGGGCCGCAGCCCCUUCCUCCCGCGCCUCAGGAGCUGCGGGGCAACCAGUUCCAGGCGCGGAGAGGACCGGCCCCCCCGCGUCCCCGCAGCCUCCGCAGGCGCAGUGCGGGGCCGCCCUGCCCGCGGCCUCGUGCGGGGCGGGGCGGGGCGGAGCGGCAAGAUGGCGGCAGCGGCGCUGAGGGCGGCGGGGCGGCUGCGGCUGGUGGCGGCAGCGCCGGGCCUGGCUUUUACUCGUUCUGCGUUUGUUGCAAAGAGACGUAAUUAUGACCAACCAAACUGGUUUGGAGUUGCCUUGGCUUUCGGCACCAGUGCUGCUUUGUGGGCUCUUCUUUUCAAGCAGCAUAAUGAUGAUGUAAUGGAGUAUGAAAGAAGAAAAGCAGAGAGACAACAUAAGUGUACAAGCUGUUCAUAGUUGACCGUAAGCUCAGUAAGUUGUAAGAUGAUCAUCAGUUUUCCUACAAAGAAAUGAGCACAGCAGAAGUACAAAUACCUAAAUAAUUAUAUAUUUGUACAUUUCAUGUGCAGAAUUAUUAAAUGUAAAAGUCUGUGAAAAA